AUGGCAGGCUACGGGAACCGCACCGCACACGACCCCACCGCCGAAAGCCUGGCAAAAGAGCACUCGCACACGCGUCUCAACCUGACAGACUCGCACAGCCCCCCAACCUACGGCGCAGGCUUCGGCAACAAGCGCGCAGCGUCCGAGCACGCAUCGGCUGAGACUGAGCACGCAUCGACUGAGACUGAGCACGCAUCGACUGAGACUAAGCACGCACCCGUUGCCUUGCACUCGGACUCGAACGACGACAGCGCGCCGCGGUUCGACACGCAGGGCCGCCACGGCUCGGCGCCGUACAGCAACGCGCACACGCACGGCAGCGCGAGCACGGCGGGCGCGGGGUGGGGGAAUAAGACGGGUAGUUUCGCGCGGGACGAGGAUUCGACGCUGGGCAGGGUCAUGGAGAGAGUUGGUGGGGUGGUGGGGAGCGCUGGGUUGGUGGAGAGGGGGCGUGAGAAGCGGGAGGCCAGGGGAGAGGAAGCGGGUGUGGGUGUGGCGAAGUAA